AUGUAUGGGAUGAACAGAGGAGGAGGCGGUGGAUACCGCAACGACCGGAUGGGUGCACUCGGUGCCAACCUACAGGAUGUAAAGUGGGACCAGGUGAAUGUUGUGGCUCCUCAGUGGAACUAUUACAAACCCCAGGAGCGUUGCAGUGACGAGGAGGUGGCACAAUACAUGCGCGACAACCACAUUACUAUUUAUGGUGAUUCCGUGCCCCAGCCAAUGCUCAAGUUCUCUGACCUCGUUGCGCCGGACACCAUUCAUCAGGCAUUCAUAGACCUCGGCUACAAGAGCCCGACCCCAAUUCAGUCUAUCGCCUGGCCAAUCCUUCUCAACUCACGCGACCUUGUCGGCGUGGCGAAGACCGGAUCCGGCAAGACCAUGGGUUUCAUGGUCCCUGCCGCCCUUCAUAUAAUGGCGCAGCCGCCCAUCCGCGUGGGUGAGGGUCCCAUUGCUUUGGUGCUCGCGCCGACGAGGGAACUUGCGGUGCAGAUCGAAGAGGAGACGCGUAAGGUGCUACGACGUGUGCCGACCAUCACGACGGCGUGUUUGUAUGGCGGUACACCAAAGGGGCCGCAAAUCCGUGCCCUUCGAGCUGGGGUACAUGUCUGCAUUGCAACUCCCGGCCGCCUCAUCGACCUGCUGGAGAUUCGCGCUGCCAAUCUUCUGCGCGUGACGUUCCUUGUGCUUGACGAAGCGGACCGUAUGCUUGAUAUGGGGUUCGAGGUGCAAAUUCGAAAGAUUUGCCAGCAGAUUCGCAAGGAUCGGCAGACGCUUAUGUUCUCGGCAACGUGGCCCCAAGAAAUAAGGAACCUCGCUGCUAGUUUUCAACGUGACUUCAUCCGUGUUCAUGUUGGAUCUGAGGACCUAAUUGCGAACGCUGAUGUUACUCAGCACGUGAGUGUGGUGGAAGAUUACGACAAACAGCGGCGGCUGGAGGAGAUUCUGCAAAAGGUUGGCAAGCAGAGGGUUCUCAUCUUUGUAAAGACGAAGCGUACCGCUGAUUCCCUGCACCAUUCGCUACAGCGCCUCAUUGGAGGCUCAGUGAUGGCCAUCCAUGGUGAUAAGGAACAAUCGCAGCGCGAUUAUGUGCUUGACCGCUUCCGUCGCGACGAAAGGUCCGUGCUGGUAGCAACGGACGUUGCCGCCCGCGGGCUUGACAUUAAGAACCUCGAUGUGGUGAUUAACUUCGACAUGCCCACAAACAUAGAAGAUUACGUGCAUCGUAUUGGGCGUACCGGUCGUGCCGGGCAGCGUGGUGAUGCUUACACAUUUGUUAGCGGUGCCGAUCCGUCCAAGACUGUUCGUGACUUGAUCGACAUUCUUCGCCGCGCCAAUCAGGAGAUUCCACCAGGGCUUCACUCGCUUGCUGGCCGCGGUGGCGGUGGCAGUGGCGGUGGCGGCUUCCGUGGGGGCCGUCGCGGAGGGUACGGUGGGGGCGGUGGCGGUUACGGCUACGGCCGCUCUGGUGCGCAGUACGGCUCUGGGCCCACAUACGGCAGGGAUUACCGUGGCGCUCCAUCCCACCAUCAAUCGGGUAUUUCUGUUGGUGGCAAUACAUCUGAUGCCUAUUGGAGAGGGGGAGCGCCACCGCCUGGUCAACAGCCUUACUAUCCGGUGUGCGGAGGUAAUAAACGGACCCGUGAGGUGUCCGGCGGCUUUCACUCAGAUCCUCAGAACUCGUACCGUCAGCAACCGACGGGUGGUUCUUAUUAG